AUGGUUACCGGUGGCGAUGAUGCCCAGACCACCAUACAGAACAACUUCGUGCCGGUCAUGCCUCUCGCGGAAGAACCAGCGCCGCCCUCGAGAGCAGCAAGCAAAGACUCUGCGUCAGAGCCAUCCUCUCCAUCGUCCUCGAGCGCGUCGUCCAAAGUUUCCGGAGCUUCCCGCAGGUCGUCUUCAAAAACGGACUUCAGGAAGAAAGCCAGAGCUCCAACCCGCAGGAAGAUCAUCAAGACUACAGAUGAUGAAGAAGUUCACCAGUCGUGGUUGCAGAACUGCGUUUACAGCACCGGCUAUGAGAUGUACAGUGCUGUGCUGAUUUUAGUGAACGCUAUGUUCGUUGGUUGGCAGACAGAACACCUGGCCCAGACCGUCAACACAGAUGAUCAGGGAUUUGAGCGCACGUUCUUUUAUGUAGCACAGAUCAUGUUCUUUGUGGCGUUCUUUCUGGACCUGGUCAUGCGCUGGCUUGCAGAUGGGUUCCUGUUCUUCAUUUGCAGCGAAGAAAUGUCGUGGAACCUGCUGGACAUAUUCGUCGUGGCUAUCGGCUGCAUGGAGGUGGUCACCGAGACGCUGGUUCUUGCAGGAUCUGAGACUGGAGCCUUGAUGACGAACUUUUCGGUGGUGAGGAUGAUCCGCGUGCUGCGUGUGGUCCGCAUAGCCAGGGUAAUCCGAGUCCUGAAGGCUUUUCGAGAACUCCGUCUGAUGGUGGCUUCGAUUGUCAGCUCGGCCAGAAACUUGCUUUGGGUCGUCCUGGUGCUCUGUGUCAUGCUUUACGUUUUUGGAAUCACCUUCACCAGCGCAGUGACGAUGGAGCUCGAAUCGUUGCCGAGGGAUGCAGCCGGCGCUGAAGACCUCAAGAAGUACUUUGGGUCGCUGUCCAGCUCCAUUUUGACACUCUACAGCUCCAUGUCCGGAGGAGAAGACUGGACAGUGUACUUCCACGUCCUGGAAAUGCUGCCCUGGCCAUACCAGUGUCUAUUCCUUUUCUUCGUGACUUUUGCUCUGUUCGCAGUUCUCAAUGUCGUGACAGGCGUUUUCGUCGACACGGCGAUCGAGAAGAACCAGUCGGACAAGGAGCUGGCGGUUCAGGAGGAGCUGCGGAACAAGAGGCUGCGCAUGAAUUGGAUCAGGGAUGUUUUCAGCGAGCUCGAUUCCAGUGGUGAUGGCACCGUUACACAGCAGGAGUUCGAAAGCCAGCUGAACCACGAGGCUGUCAUCGCCUACUUCAACACGUUGAAGCUGGACGUAAGCGAUGCCAAGACCCUCUUCCGCCUUCUGGACAGCGAUGGCUCGGAUGGCGUCAACAUUGACGAGUUUGUUUCCGGCUGCUACCGAUUGUCUGGCGAGGCGACCACGCUCCAUACGCAGGUCAUGCAGAUGGACGUCAAAGAUAUCCUGAACAAGACGAGAGACGUCCUGGAGAUUUUGGAGGAUAUGCGAACUCGACGGAGGGGCAGUGGCAGUCGACCCUCCCAGCGUGAGAGCCUGCAGUCGCAAUUGCAGUUUCCGAUUCAACCGACCAAUUUGAGAGCGACAAGGUGA